AUGAAUAAUUUUCCUAAUUUAGAGGUGUCCACUGAGUUGGAGAAUAUUGACACAGGUGUUAAUCUGAAAGCUAAGAGCCAUGUGACUGUUAGACGCACGGUUUUAGAAGAAAUUGGGAAUCGAGUGACCACCAGAGGGGCACAGGCAGCUAAGAAAGCUCAGAACACCAAAGUGCCCAUUCAACCCGCCAAAGCAACCAAUGUCAACAAACAUCUGAAACCUACGGCCUCUGUGAAACCAGUGCAGAUGGAAAUGUUGGCCCCAAAGGGGUCUUCUCCCCCACCUGAGGAGGUCUCCAUGAAGGAGGAGAACCUCUGCCAAGCUUUUUCGGAUGCUUUGCUCUGCAAAAUCGAAGACAUUGACAACGAAGACUGGGAGAACCCUCAGCUGUGCAGCGACUACGUGAAGGACAUCUACCAGUACCUGCGGCAGCUGGAGGUUUUGCAAUGCAUCAAGCCACGUUUCUUGGAUGGCCGAGAUAUCAACGGGCGCAUGCGUGCCAUUCUAGUGGACUGGCUGGUGCAGGUGCACUCCAAGUUCAGGCUGCUGCAGGAAACGCUCUACAUGUGUGUGGCCAUCAUGGACCGGUUUCUACAGGUUCAGCCAGUGUGUCGGAAGAAGCUUCAACUGGUUGGAAUUACAGCUCUGCUCUUGGCUUCCAAAUACGAGGAGAUGUUUUCUCCAAAUAUUGAAGAUUUUGUGUACAUCACAGACAACGCUUACACCAGCUCCCAGAUCCGUGAAAUGGAGACCUUCAUCUUGAAAGAACUCAAGUUUGAGUUGGGUCGGCCUUUGCCCCUCCACUUCUUAAGGCGAGCAUCAAAAGCCGGGGAGGUUGACGUGGAACAGCACACUUUAGCCAAGUACUUGAUGGAGCUGACUCUCCUGGACUAUGACAUGGUGCAUUACCACCCUUCUAAGGUGGCAGCUGCAGCUUCCUGCUUGUCGCAAAAGGUUCUGGGCCAAGGAAAAUGGGCCAUCAAGAACAAGUACUCCAGCAGCAAACUCCUGAAGAUCAGCACAAUCCCUCAGCUGAACUCCAAGACCAUCAAAGACCUGGCCGCCUCCCUGGUGGAAAGGUCCUAGGCCUCUGAGCCUUCACCCACCAUGCUUUCUCCUUACUUUGGAACUCUUCAUUUUGUACAGUAUCAUCCUCUGGCCUCUUUCACAAAAUCCCUUCCUCAGACUGAUUUUUUUUUUCUAAAUUGUAUAUUGAGAAAAAUAAAGCUAUUGAUCCUC